GAAAAAAUAUGGCAGCCUCCACAAAAAAUUUGACACUGAACAAUGUUUGGUUUUAACGCGGAACAAGGCAUGAUCUGUGAUAAAUGGAACCAGAAAAGUACUUAUGAAUAUGAUUAAACAAUAAUCUGGUUACCUGCAUUACAUGUAUUAUGAUGGUUAAGUCUAAGGAGCUGUAAUGCCAGACAUACGCAUAUCACCAAGAGGUGUUGCUUGCCCUUGGUUGUCAUGGAUACGAUGGUCACGUUUGAUUGGUCUGUUUUUAUUAUGCCUGUUCAUGGUUGCAGUGAUCAGCCAUGUUUACCUGACAGAUAUAAAUAGUGACCCUACAGAUGGACAGAAAUUACGUAUACCAUUGCAAACAGACGAGGACGAAUCACAGAUCAAAAGAUUGAAUCAAGAAAUCAAAAGUCUACGAAAAAUCAAAGCCUCCGUUAAUAAUGAAUUACGAGAUAUGGAGAGUAAAAGACAAAAAUUACAGUCUCAGAUAUCAGGGUACCAGAAGCAGAUUGAUAUUCUCAGCGCACAGAUAGAAACUUCUGAGAAGGAAAUUAAAUCAACACAGUUAACAUUAGAACAGUUGAGAUUAGAAAAAUCAGAGAUGGACAAACAAUAUCUACCAAUUUUGAAAGCACCAAUCAAAAUGUUAAUGGGAGAGAAUUCCAACGUUAAACUCCCUAUGCCAUUUAAUGGACAGCGUUGUAAAAUGCAUUCAUGCUUUGAUUUCUCACGCUGUUCGGUUUUCUCUGGAUUUCCUGUCUAUUUCUAUGAUUCAGAAAAAGAUUUAAAUAUUGGAGAGUUAGUUCCCUUUGUCAAGAAUGGUAUUGAUGUGUACUUUGAAGAAAAUCUUUACCGAACUUUUGAUCCAAGUACAGCUUGUAUAUUUGUUGCCAUAGUUGGACAACAAAUUAAUAGAAUCACGUAUUCAGGAUUAGAGAAAUCCUUAGAAAAAUUACCAUUUUGGCAUGGUGAUGGCAGAAACCACAUUUUAAUCAAUUUAAUGAGAGACGAGAAUGCAGAUAUUGACAUUUUUGAUGGAGCUAAUACAGGCAGAGCAAUAAUCGUGCAGUCUCCUUUUGUAAAAACUAUAUUUAGAUCAGAGUUUGAUAUUGUAAUUCCACCUAACAUUGGAAAGGCAUCUGGAGAUGUCUGGGAAGAACUACCACCUAUAUCACCGAUUCGAAGGAAAUAUUUUUUGUCUUUCAUAGGUAGCUUUAAGGGAAAUGUGCAAUUUCAGAAUGGUGAACAAACUGAUGAACAAAUCUCUAAUGUAGAGGACUCUGUGAUUUCAUUUCUAAAGAAUAUUCAGUUGAAAUUAGACCCAGAAAUAUUUAUAAAAUUUUCAUGUGACACAAUUAUUCCUGGUGCUAUAAACGGUGAAUAUUCUAUGUGCCAAAGGGAUGAAAGUCGUCAUGAACUUUUAAAACAUUCAACAUUUGCAUUAAUUAUCUCCCCUGCAAAUGAAAGCUAUGUAUCUACAAACAUUUUUCAACUUCGGUUUUACGAGGCAUUAAAAUAUGGUGCUAUUCCAGUGAUACUUGGAGAUCAUGUGACAUUACCUUAUAUGGAAAUACUCGACUGGAAAAAGGCCACUGUGAUUUUACCAAAGGCUCGGUUGACUGAGUUCCAUUUUAUUCUUCGAACAUUUACAGAUACAGCCAUGGCAACAAUGAGACGAACAGGCAGAUAUUAUUUUGAAACUUAUUUUUCAUCAACUCAAAGUAUUUUAGAUACAGCUUUAGCUUUAAUUAGAACUAGAUUAAAUAUUCCACCUGCUCCAAUCGUCGACAUGAAAUCUCCUAGUGUGUUUGAGAACAAUUCAUAUGUAGACUAUAAGUAUGAGGAAGUAAAUCCAGAGAAUGAUGAGAUUUUAGGACCUCUAGAAGCGGUUUUCCCCUCAGUUAAAUUUAGUAACAAUUUUACACAAAAUGUAUUUUAUCACAAGUUUACACAAACAGGAGAUCCUUUCAGGAACUACCCAUUUACGCCAUUUGAACAUGUUUUACCAUCAGAGUCAAAAUUUAUUGGUUCUGGUUAUGGCUUUAGACCUAUAGGUAAAGGAGAAGGUGGAGCAGGGAAGGAGUUUAGUGAAGCUCUUGGAGGCAACUUGCCGAGGGAACAGUUCACAUUGGUAAUGUUGACAUAUGAAAGAUCUAAUGUGUUGAUAACAGCUCUACAGAGAUUGAAAGGUUUACCAUUCCUUAAUAAAGCAGUAGUUGUGUGGAAUAACCCAGCUCCACCUACCUCAGACCUUAAAUGGCCAGAUAUAGGUGUUCCUAUACAUGUUAUCAAAACAACAAAGAACAGCCUAAAUAACCGAUUCCUGCCCUAUGACGUGAUAGAAACAGAGGCUAUACUCAGUAUAGAUGAUGAUGCUCACUUAAGACAUGAUGAGAUUGUUUUUGGCUUCAGGGUUUGGAGAGAAGAAAGAGACAGGAUAGUUGGGUUUCCAGGGAGAUUUCAUGCCUGGGAUGUGAAAAACAAUGCCUGGUUAUAUAACUCUAAUUAUUCCUGUGAACUUUCUAUGGUUCUUACAGGAGCAGCAUUCUUCCAUAAGUAUUAUGCCUACAUGUACAGCUAUGUAAUGCCAGCAGCUAUUAGGGAGAAAGUGAAUGAGUAUGUUAACUGUGAAGAUAUAGCCAUGAACUUCUUAGUAUCACAUAUCACUAGGAAACCUCCAGUCAAGGUGACAUCACGAUGGACAUUCCGCUGCCCCGGCUGCCCACAGACAUUAUCAAAUGACAGAUCCCAUUUUGAGGAAAGACAUAAGUGUAUUAACUUCUUUGUAAAAGUGUAUGGUUAUAUGCCAUUAUUGUACACACAAUACAGGGUCGACUCAGUUCUGUUUAAAACUAGGCUACCCCAUGACAAACAGAAAUGUUUUAAAUUUAUAUAGUAUUUAUUUCCUAUAUGAUUUUAUAUGAUUUUAAGGUGGUACCCAACACCUUGACUAAUAUUAAUUUGGCUCGUUUAAUUUUCAUAAAAUUUUGACAAAAUGUUUACUUUGACCCUUUGACAAAAAUAUAAAAAUUUCAAAAAAUUUGAACCAACCACUUUAUCAGAAAAAUUUCAUUGGUUAUAUAGCAGUUUGACAAACACUAAUUUUGAUCAUUGAGAAGCUUAAUAUUUCCUUAACAAUACAACGUAAUUAAAACAUUUAGCUG